AUGCUGAGAGGAGCCUGUCAAUCUGUGAGAUCUUCUCGUACCUGCCAGUCUGCCCGGCGACUCCAUUCGCAGACUUCGUCCUCCAGCGCGAACCGUGCGCUCAUCGCUGUUUCUGGCUCCGUUGCGACCGCUGCUGCGCUCUGGUAUUCGAUACACUCGACGCAGGGUGUCAUUUUUAAUGAUGCGCCAGUAUCGGAAAAACUACAGUCGUCCCGACCACAGCUACCGGAGACAAGUCUGAACAGCCCGGACUCCCUCAACAGCAUCGUGUGGGGCUCGAACAAAAAUCAUGUCCUCUCCAUGGAGAACAGCACUGCGGAUUCCGUUCACACUCCGGCAGCAGUUGCCUGGCUCGACAAUGUCGCGCUGAGGGAUUUGGCAUUGCAUGAACGGCAUGCGGCGUGCGUUGAUGCGCGGGGGGAUGUUUAUCAGUGGGGCGAUGGCUUUGGCCAAAAGUCUAGUUUAUCAUCGGGUAGGCCAACGCUUACUCUGCGAGGAAAGAACAUAGUUCACCUCCAAGUGACACCAUCCCGCGUCUUCGCUCUGUCUGCAUCUGGGCGGGUAUACACCCUCUCAUCUUCCGCUGCGAUGCAAGAUCUUCCUGCAGGUACGCCGACGCCUGCUAGCACACCUUGGUGGGGCACUGGAUGGCUCUGGGGCGAGGAGGAGGAAGUCGACUUUGCCGAGGUCGUGCCAAACGAAAAGCUGGCGUGGGGAGAGAAGUUUGUCUCAAUCGCAGCAGGUUCGGACCAUCUCCUCGCUCUCACGUCUACCGGGCGCACUUUUGCGCACCCUAUCUCGCUCAAGGCGAACACAUAUGGCCAGCUUGGUUUCCGCAAAUUCGACGUGCCUGCCCCCUCCCAUCACCCGCACCUGCAUGUCAGCCAUACACGCUUACCGAUCGAGCUGACGCCAAAAUCUAUCUCCGAUCCAUACGCAAAGGCUACUCCCGCCAUCCGACGCACCGCCUCAGCGUUGAGUGAAGACACUGGGUCUGUAAAGGCGGUGGACCUAACCAACUUGGACGACAGCACCAUCCGGUUUUCGGACAAGUUGUUUGAGGUUCCGGCCCUGAGAGGUGUGCACGUCGACCGUAUCGCUGCAGGCGGGCGAACAAGCUUCGUGAAGACAAGUACAGGGAGAGUGCUCGGAUGGGGUGCGAACGAAUACGGACAGAUUGGGUUGGGAAGCACUGUGACCCUUGAUACGAUCACCGUACCCACAGAGGUUAUCUUGUGGAGAUCGACACCAGCGACGAUGCGUACGACGUGCUUGGACGUUUACGCUGGCGGCGAUCUUACAUUCUUCAAGGUUGAGCGUUCGGACGGGACUGCCAUGCCCUACAUCGAUGUUCUUGCUUGCGGCAACGGGCAGUGGGGCGGACUCGGCAAUUCCCUCUAUAGCAAUGCUCAGAGUACCCCUGUUCGCGCGCGGAACGUUAGCGGCCUGCUGGAGUACAGCGAGGCGUCAAGGAACUUGCAACCCAUCAUGCCAGAAGAUAUCUCUGUCUCGCCGACCGGGCACGUCCUGCUCACUCUUGACACGCGGUCUCACGCGGGCCCUGGUGGAGGUGGCCGGGACAUCAUGGCGUGGGGCGCGAAUUCGGAGUACCAGCUUGGUAACGGAAAGCGGGGCACCGUCGCCUUGCCGACGACGGUGCUGACCCCCGGUGGCGAGCGGUUCAUGCUCGGGAAGAGGAAGUCGGUAGAGGUGCGCGACCUGCAGAAUAAGGUGUGGAAGCGGGGCGUAGAUGUCGAGCAGUAUGCGGUUGCUGGGUGGGGAAACAGCUUGGUAUACUGGAAGAUUUGCUCUACUGGGCGGUAA